AUGACUGCAAACCCUAAUUGGCAAGAAAUAAAGGAUUAUUUGGCAACUUAUGGAGGCACAUCAGCGAACGACAUACCUGAUAUUGAAUGUCGUGUCUUCAAAAUGAAACUCGAUGAACUCUUGAAAGACCUCGAACAAGGCACAUUCUUCAGUCCAUCUAUUGCUGUGCUACACACCAUUGAGUUCCAGAAACGUGGCCUCCCACAUGCUCAUAUACUUCUAUGGUUAGAUAACACACCGAAACAACCAAGCCCUGGCCAAAUAAAUGCAAUCAUUUCUGCGGAACUACCCAACAAAAAUGAAGACCCACUUGGAUUUGAACUGGUGGAAAAGCACAUGAUGCAUGGACCUUGUGGAAUGGAUAGGCCAUCGUCUCCUUGCAUGGCAAACAAAGUCUGCACAAAAAAGUAUCCCCGACCUUACAAUGAGUACACCACAAUUGACCAAUCUGGGUAUAUUAUAUAUCGUCGACGUCCUAACGAAGACAACACUGUCAUCAAAGGAGGAACAAGGUUGGAUAAUCGCUUUGUCAUACCACACAAUCUUCCUAUUUUUAAAAAAUAUCAAGCUCACAUAAACGUGGAAUGGUGCAACACUUCAAAUGCUGUGAAGUAUCUUUUCAAAUAUGUAACAAAAGGUGUGGAUAAAGCUACUAUUUUGAUCGAGAAAGGUACUACUAACACAAGCAACAAUCAAGAUACACCAAGGGUUGUCAAGGAAAGAAAUGAAAUUCAAGAGUACCUAGACUGUCGAUAUCUCUCUGCUUGUGAAGCUAUGUGGCGCAUUUUUGCAUUUCACAUACACCAAAGGAAGCCUUCGGUAAAGAAAUUGAUUAUCCAUCUUGAAGGUCGACAAUCAGUGGCUUACAAACAGACAGCGAAUUUGAAAUAUGUCUUAUCAAGAGCUACUAUCGAAAGGAAAAUGUUUACAGCAUGGAUGGAAAUGUGUGACCAGUGUGAAGAAGCAAGACAAUAUACGUAUGUCGAAUUUCCAAUUCACUUUGUCUGGGACAAUGAUAAAAAAUUAUGGCAUAAGAGACAACGGGGUUACUCAAUAGGGAGAAUAGUCAAUAUUCACCCAACUUCUGGUGAGUUAUACUAUCUUAGGAUAUUGCUCAAUGUUGUUAGAGGGCCAAGAAACUUUGAUGACAUCAAAACAGUAGGAGGGGUAAUUCAAGCAGAUUAUAAGGCAGCAUGCUAUGCUAGAGGUUUGCUAGACAACGAUAAAGAGUGGCAUCAUGCUAUGAAUGAAGCAAAUCAAUGGGCAACAGCUUUUCAGUUACGCCAAUUGUUUGUACUAUUGCUCAUAUACUGUGAAGUAGCAAACCCACUACGACUGUGGGAACAGACGUGGAAAUCAAUGUCAGAUGACAUACCUGACAAGCAACAGCGUGCUUUUGGAUUUCCCACCAUGAGUUUCAAAGAGGAUGAGCUGCAACAUUAUACUUUGAUCGAGAUAGAACAAAUCCUCCAUCAACAUGAACGAUCACUCAUGGACUUCAAUGAUAUGCCUAAACCUGAUUUAAAAGUCCUAAAAGAAUUAGGAAAUAGCUUAUGGCGACAAGAACAGCAGUACAAUGUAAAAAAAGAGGGAGAAGAACAUCAGAAACUGUUCAACCAACUUAAUCCAGAACAAGAAAAUGUCUACAAGGCAGUUUUGGAAUCCGUAUACAACAAUAUGGGACAACUAUUCUUCCUCUAUGGCCCUGGGGGAACUGGGAAGACAUUUGUCUACAAGACAAUAAUCUCCAAAUUAAGAUCAGAAAAACGGAUAGUCCUUCCUGUAGCUUCAUCUGGCAUUGCAGCGUUACUUCUCCCUGGUGGAAGGACAGCCCAUUCAAGGUUCAAGAUACCUCUAAUUGUUACUAAAGAUUCCAUCUGUGAGAUUAAGAAAGGUACAAUGCUUGCAGAGUUAUUAAUCAAAACUGACUUGAUCAUAUGGGACGAAGCACCUAUGUCUCAUCGACACACAUUUGAGGCACUCGACAGAACAUUGAGAGACUUGCUCUCCACAGAAGAUUGUUCAGCGAACGAAAAACCUUUUGACGGAAAAACAGUCCUACUCGGCGGAGACUUUAGGCAGAUCCUACCGGUGAUACCACAUGGAACAAGAGCAGAUACAGUUGGAGGAGAAGCAAAAGAAUAUUUAAGCUCAGAUAGCAUAGGAAAAGCGGAUACAGUGAGAGCAGAUUAUGAAGCACUAUACCCUGUAGAGUAUUUAAACUCUUUAGAGUUUCCUGGUUUGCCAAAGCACAAGAUAACCCUCAAAAUAGGAGUCCCAAUAAUGCUUCUACGGGUCAUAAAUCAAAAGGAAGGAAUGUGCAACGGUACAAGAAUGAUAGUAACUAAUUUAGGAGAAAGAGUGCUAGAAGCUGAAAUAGUUACAGAAACACAUGUUGGAAAGAAGGUUUUCAUACCAAGGAUUAUUUUAUCACCCCCAGAAUCAGAUCAUCCCUUCACACUUCGAAGACGACAAUUUCCAGUUAGAGUUUGCUAUGCCAUGACAAUUAAUAAAAGUCAAGGUCAAAGCUUAAAGAAUGUUGUCCUCUAUCUGCCAACUCCAGUUUUUAGCCAUGGACAACUCUAUAUUGCUCUUUCUAGAGUUACAUCACCUAAUGGCCUCACUAUUCUACAAGGAGAAGAAACUAAAAAAGGUGGCAUUACAAAUAUUGUCUACAAAGAAAUCUACAAUGACCUACCCAAAGACAAUGGUAAACCUGUACACUGA